CUCGGUCAGUUCGUCUGUGUCGCUUCGACGAGUAGCAUCAGAAAUAUUUCCUCCUCUAGAGCGGAACCGCCGUGCCGAGUAAGGAACUGUAACAGUAGUCAGUAUCAGUGAAUUUUUGAAGAGAGCGGUGUGGCAUUUCUUAGACGAGAACACGCCUCGUGCAGUGAGUGAUUGCUAACAGCCGACGACGGUUUGAUUCUGCCGGAUCUGAUCUAGUGUUCCGCAUUGUGGGUAGGGUGCCUGUCUGCCAAACUGAAAGAAUUUUUGUCUGAACAGGAAACAAAGGAAGAGUAAGACGAAAGUGAAAAGCUUCUUGAGUAAAUUAAAAACAUUCUUCGGAAGAGUAGCGCACUUGCAAAAAAGGCCUUGGGAUUCAAGAGUCUCCGCGAAUGAAGUGCUGAACCGGCUCGCACCGAGCACAGCUUUAAGGACAUUAAAGUGUUUUCGUGUGCGCCUGUUUGAGGCGAAGCAGCCGGAAACGAGAGUGAGUGAACUGAACGUAGUGGAACGGAGGAGUUUUGAGUUCUGGAAGCAACGCACACAACUACGAAAGGAAAACUGACGCUGUACCGGUUGGGAGAGAUGCCCUCGCUGCAACAGACUAGCUUUAAGGAUUGGCCCAGCCCAGAUAUUGCACGAUCAUUGACCGGUCCAGAUAUCCUGCAAAAACACUCGAUCAAUUCACUUCUUCUGGAACACAAUGAAAUUAUCAGUCGAGGGUUACCAUCUCCGAUCGAAGCAGACAAUGUGUCAUUUUCCGACAUCUUGGGCUCAUCACAAUCAUCGCAAUCUACCUCCACCUCAUCGUCGCUGGGUACCAACAGUAGCAUCAACAGCAGCGGUGGCCACCAGCAACAACCCUCGCUGGCAUCGUUCUCGUCGAUUUCCUCCAUCGGUUGCCCGGAUAGUGCCAGCAUUCUCGGGUCGAGCCUAAGUGGACCGAACACAGGAUCCUCGCCCGUUAUCAACACCAGCAAUCCGUUCAACUUCUCCGGAUUGUCCAUGUCCAGUUCUAGCCUAAACUCGCCGGAAAUCGGUGGCAACGGUAGCAGUGGUGGAGGUGGUGGCGGCGGUGGUGGCCAAUCGCCAACCUACUAUGGCAGUGGUAGCGUGCACUCGGCGAAAAAUUACGACGACUUUCGGUUCGACAACGACAUAAGUUUAUCCGGCUCGAACAGCGCAAACAGCCUGACUUCGGAGACGCUUAAACUGCUCCAGCGUAGCAUGAGUGGUUACGACUGCUCUCUGCCAACCUCUCCGAAUGCGUCCUCCACUGGGCCCAGCACGAGAUAUUUUCGCGGAUCGCAACAGCUCAGCGACCUGAAUCAUAACUACGAGCCUAACAACACCACUUCUCUCUUCGGUGUUAAUCAGUCUCUGUCACGUUCCAAUUCCCCGCCCGACAACGACUCAAGUCUGCUGUCCAAUUUAGAUAGUACCAACAUUUUGGACAUGAUUAGUUACCUCACCAUUAGCCAGCAACAGCAAAGUGGACACAACCAACAUCAGUACGGUAACAACAACAAUAAUAACAACAACUGCAACAGCAACAGUAAUGGCAGCUCACACUCGCAGUAUAAUCAGCUUCCGAAUUUAAAUCAAUUCUAUCAGCAACACCAAUCACAGGGGGGAUCUUCCUUUGGGAAUGGAAAUUGCGCCAGAGAUUCUCCUGGUAACAGUGGAAGUAGUUUAGCAAGUGACUAUGAACGGUUACAGAACCUACAGGCCCUCAGCACCCUGCGUCUAUUGCAGCAAUCCCAGCAGCUAUCUCAAUUCCAAUUGCAGCAAUACCAAUUCAAUCAGCUGCUACCCAACUACAAUAGCACUCAGCUUAAGAACUGGGCCCUGCAGAACUCAUCCUCAUCGUCCACCAGCAGCAGUGGCAACGAUAUCAAUCUCGACCGGAUUGCACGUUUUCAUCGUUCAUCUGCUGCUCAUUACGAUGCAACGUGCACAUGGAGUGGGGUGCUUCCCCCGCGCUCUCAUCGGCUGGUAACUUAUUCGUCGAAAAUUUUCCUCGGUGGAAUGCCUUGGGAUAUAAGCGAACAAUCACUGGUGCAGAUCUUCAAGCCCUUUGGCUCCAUCAAGGUCGAGUGGCCUGGUAAGGAGCAGCAAGCGAUUCAACCCAAGGGAUACGUGUAUAUUAUUUUCGAAUCGGACAAACAGGUCAAAGCGUUGCUUCAAACCUGUACCUACACAGACGCGAAUAGUUACAACGGUUCUUGUCGUGGGAACAACCCGACCUCUUCGGGAGCUUUAACGUACUCGUCAUCCACUUGCGAUGAUCAGCAGCUUCAACUUCAACAACCAGGACAGCAUCAACAGUUGAUGCAAAAUAAACUCCUCCCUCCACCGGGAGCACGAAUUAAUUUCAAGAUUUCCUCGAAGCGCAUUAAAUCGAAGGAUGUGGAAGUGAUUCCAUGGAACAUUGCGGACUCCAACUACGUCAAGUCUACUUCACAGAAGCUCGAUCCGACAAAGACCGUUUUCGUUGGGGCGCUACACGGUCAGCUGACAGCCGAGGGUUUGGCGAAAAUCAUGAACGACCUGUUCGAUGGGGUGGUGUACGUUGGAAUCGACACGGACAAGUACAAGUACCCGCUUGGGUCGGCUCGGGUCACUUUCAACAAUUCCCGUUCGUAUAUGAAAGCCGUGGUAGCGGCGUUCAUCGAAAUCAAGACGGCCAAAUUCACGAAAAAGCUGCAGGUGGAUCCGUAUCUGGAGGACUCACUGUGCUCGAUGUGUGGAGUACAACACGGACCAUACUUUUGUCGGGAGAUUGUCUGUUUCAGAUAUUUCUGUCGAUCAUGCUGGCAAUUCCAACACAAUCGGGACAGUUCCCUUCAAAAUCACAAACCACUGACGCGCAACUCGAAAUCCACAACGAUCGUCGGGGUCGGUCCCCAGCAGACCACGGUGUCACAACAGCAUCAUACACAAUCACAACUCCAUUACCAUCACAGCCAUCAACAACAUCAGCAGCAGCAUCAUCAUGGCCACUCCCAGCAUCAUUCUUAUCAUUCGCUGCAUAGUUCGCCCAAGUCGCCUUCUCCACCGUGCAAUAGCAGCAACAGUUCAGCAGAUUCAUCGCCGGUCUCCUGCCACGGGCCGGCCAAUCUGCACCAGCAGCUGCAGCAACAAUUUGGAAACCUCUAAGCUAAUCAGUGAGUGACAAACAGCUUAUUUUCUAUUGCCUCUAAAAACUCCACUCGGUUGCAAGAUCUUCCUCCUACGGUAAUCAAACACAAGUGUCAUUCUGUGGCACCGUAAGCUCAACCCGAAUUUAAUUCGUUAUCUCGUAGAUGCUAUUGUUGAUCAUUUGCAAUCUUCCUACCACAUCUUUUAGAUAUUUAUCAAUACACAGCAAGUAGCUUGCGGAAGCCAAAACAAUUUCGUCAGGUGCUGUGGGUUGCGUAUGGCACAGAAAAUACAUCUUCGCGAAUUCGCUUUGGGAUAUUUCCACGUAUGAAAUUUCCUUUGUGCAAAGGAAUUUCGCCAGACGGAUUGUGGUGAAACUGGAUUUCUCACAAUCCUUUCACAUACACAAGCACUUCAAUUCGUAACAUUUCUAAUACGCUCAGCUGAAUGUGCUAAUUUAGUAAUAAUAGCGUAUUAUUAUUAUUUAAAUUAUACUUUGUAAGGUAGUUUCAAGCUUUGCAUUGGCGCAAUUAAAAGGUGCUGAUAUUAUGAGUAGCGGCAUUACAUCGAAGGACCGCACCAAACCAGUCGAAAGGGAAAUGAAAUGAAUUGUUUGUGAAUGCCAUGGGUUUAGACCGAAAAAGCACAUCCAGCAUCUACCGGAAUGAGAGGCACGCGGCACUAGGCUAGGAACCGAUAUGUUUUUGAUUACUUUUAAGCGGAUCGCAGUUUUUAAAGAAAACCGUUUAGAGCACAAAACACACAAAACAAGACAGGUGAAAAACAGGCCAACAAAAGUAAGAAAGAACACACUGUGAGGAAAAGCUUCUUUUAUACAACAAUUUUAAACGUCGAAUGCUAGGGAUGUUAGAAGGAAGAAUUAAAAGAAGAAAAAAUUGUCGUUUUUAGUUAGGGUGAAAAAAUGCUGUUGCCUUCACCAGCGGAAAAGCGGAGAAUUACUACCAGAAUGAAUGCAGUUAGAUUUUUAAAACUUUCUGAGGAAUGUUGUGUUUCGAAAGUAAGUAAUAUCAACCAGCAGUUAUAUUAUUCUACAUAAUUAUUUAUAGUUUUUGUUGUUUAUAAUAUUUAUUUAUUACUACUGCUGAGGUAGACUUUGUUUAACGAUAGGGAAUUUGGUAGUCUCUAGAUGAACUUUUUUUCUUUGUAGGGUGAUUUAUUGUACAAUUACCGGUAAAAGGUAACAUGCUAUCUCAUUUUUCGUUUGAUUGCAUUUAGGCACUUUAAAAUGCAUUUAUAUUUAUAUCUAUCGAACGCAUUAUAAUCAUUGCGCGAUAGCAGCUGUUUGGCUUGUGUAUAUGUUAUUUAUUCGUUUUUUUGUGAACCAUACAUUCCCAGAAUGAAUUCUGGUACAUAUUUAUUAUUACAUAAACUUUGUUUAUCUGCA